AUGCAAAUAAAAUUUGAUUUUUUCCAAAUAUGUGACAUAGAUGAUGUAUUUUUUAAUGGAUAUGUUGAUUGUUUUGAUAUUUCAGUUUUUGAAGAAGACGAAGAUGCAGAAGAAGAUGUAUAUGGUAAAAUGAUAGAUGCUUAUGGUAUUAUAUAUUUUGAUAAAUACUUUUUUAAUUUAUUUUUGGAAAAUAAAUAUACUAGUAAUUUUAAUUAUAGUUAUACCCCUCAUGAUAUUUUACGUAAUACUGAUCUAGCAAUGUAUCUUUAUUCUAGAAACGAACAUGUCGAUUUAUGUUUAUCUAGAUUUCUUCUUGUAGAUUUCGAAAGAGCUUGUAAAUUAAUUAAUAAAAAUACAUUUUUUACAUUCUUUUCUUUCACACCUAAAAUAGGAGAAGAUCCAGAACAGGAAGGCAUUGAUAUUGAUUUAACCUUAUUAGAUUAUAAACAAGUAAUGUUAAUACAUUAUUAUAUUCUUCUUUAUAAUCAAACCAUAGUAGGAACAAUUAAAACUGAAUUUCUUGAACAAUUCGAUUUUGUAGAAUAUAAUAUUUUAAGUUUACUUAAAUUUUUAAAUAAUAAAUAUUUAAAUUUUUAUUUCGAUAAACUUUUAAAGAAUCGUAAAAUCGAUAAAUUAUUUGAUAUUACUAGUAAAAAAUAUAUGUACGAGGAAAUGAGCGAAGUUAAAGCUAUUUCAGAAUAUGAAUAUAAAUGUCUAAUUUAUAAUUCUUAG